AUGUCUCAUUCGCCCGCCUACUAUCACGACCAACCCCAGAUUGUGACCGCAUAUCUUUCCGAUGGUGAAAACCACCCUGUCGCCCCUCCAACGUCUCACAUACCUGCGGAGACGCAGCUAGCGUCGCCGCGACAUAGCGCCGCAAUCCAGGACGGGCCCGUUGAUAUUUUCUCGUCGGAACGGGCCUCCGUUCACACCUCUACCUCUAGACAAUAUCCCACCGAUUCAUGGGAUCCCUCUUACCCUCAGUCCAGUCGCCAUUCCCGCCAGCAGUCUGUGAAACCUGUCUCUCCCACCGCGGCUCCAGUGACGCUUGUGUCCCAGCCAUACCUCGAGGAGAAUCAUAUAUUAUCUCCCCCCAACAACGGAGCCGCGCGCAAGGAAGACCACACCCGAAGGAGUUGGACUGAUCAUUCGUCAUAUAUGUCGGGGGAUAAUCGUAAUCCUGGUGCCGCUCGCGCUCAAAAACGGGCGAUCCAAGAUGGCGAAUUCAUAUCAAAUGACGGCCACGAUGCUGUUUUGAUGCUGUUCCGGAUGUCACUCCCCAUCCCCAUCUUCUCUCUUAUAGCCUCCAUCUAUACAAUUUUUGGGUUGCUCUUUACGCUUUUCACAUCUCCUCUUCGCAUUUGUUCCUGCAUCCCAUAUCUCAGGAAAACAUCGUUCCGCACGCAAUUAUGCGAUUUAUUGGUACCACAAUUGCAUAUCCACGAGCGGUUAAUUGGACUUCGCCCGUCACCGUCGCAGUCGGCAUAUAAUGACGGCGAUGAAUCAUCUAUCACAGAUUACGGUGAAGGCUACUCAGUCGGUGGUCUGAUUAUGGUCCUUCUCCUAUCAUCACUUUUGUCGUUCGGCCUGCUCCUUCUCGCAUGGACCGCAGCAUUCUUCUGGGUCUUCGCCAUGAUGCUUGGCAAUCCCGAUGGAACAGAACGAAAAGAUGACGGCCGGGCUGCCGUCUUGGGUGUGACCAAGUGGUGGCAGAUAUGGCUAGGGAAAGCUCGUUCGCCGCGCCGGUAA